CCCUGCCCCAUACCUUAUAAAGUAAGACGUGUGUUUCCUGUGGUUGGCCCCCCUUUUUUUUUUUUAGUCUCACUUCAGUUGAAAGAGACAUCUGGUAAAGUUAGAGAACUUGGCUGAGGUUAAUUCUUUCUACCCAAGAUAUCAUAAGGAUCCUUAUUAUCUUUAAUUCCAACUUAUACCAGUGCCUCAGUGUCCAGCAAACAUGGCUCCUUCUCUACAGACCGCUUUUGCACGUCGAUGGUGGAUUGCUUGCACCGCAGUAGUGGAAAACCUCUUCUUUUCUGCAGUUCUUUUUGGAUGGGGAUCUCUGCUUAUCAUGUUACAGCAAGAAGGAUUUUAUUCCCAGCUCUGCACAGAGGAAAACUCAUCUGAGGUUAAGAGCGCCUUAUCAUCUCAAAAUUUGGAAAAUAAUAAUGGUUCAUCUCAGCCUUGGGUGACGUGUUCUGCUCAAGAAGAGAUGCUGAAUUUGGGAUUUACAAUUGGUUCGUUUCUAUUGAGCGCAGCAACACUUCCUUUAGGAAUACUGAUGGAUCGAUAUGGUCCUCGUCCUCUGAGAUUAGUGGGAAGCUUCUGCUUUGCGUUGUCUUGUGCGCUGAUGGCUCUGUCCGGAUAUGACCCCUCAGUUUUGGCUCCAGUGAUAUUUCUAGCUCUUUCUCUUAACGGGUUUGGAGGGAUCUGUCUGACCUUCACAUCUCUGACAUUACCCAACAUGUUUGGCAGUCUGCGCUCUACAAUGAUGUCUUUAAUGAUUGGAUCUUAUGCAUCUUCAGCUGUUACGUUUCCUAUGGUAAAGCUAAUCUAUGAAACAGGUAUCUCUUUUGUGGGAAUUAUGCUGGGUUGGUCUGCUCUGGCCUGUCUGAUUUUCCUGAAUUGUCUUAUAAACUGGCCCAAAGAAUCCAUCCCAUCACCUGAAGAAACCACAUUCACGAAGAAGGUCACUCUGCAGACUCUUGCACUAGAUCACAAAGUCACUGGAGACCAGUUUUACACACACGUAACCACUGUUGGUCAAAGAUUAAGCCGCAAAGGAGACGCUGAUGGCGAAAAAUUGUCCAAUGACAAUCUCACAAAGCCAGACAAGAAAAGUGGUUCCUCUUUAUCAUUUUUGCAAAGCGCACGUUCCCCUAUAUUCCUUUUCUCACUAAUUACAAUGAUGAUGACACAGCUUCGUUUAAUUUUCUUCAUGGCCGCUAUGAAUAGGAUGGUGGAAUUUCUAGUGACAGGUGGUGACGAGCAUGUGCCCAAUGAAAUUAAAGUGGAAGCCGAAUCUGCAGUGAGUUUAUACUCAUCGGUUUUUGGAGUACUUCAGCUGCUGUGUCUAUUCACUUGCCCUUUCAUUGGAUUUGUCAUGGACUGGAAGAUGAAGGAAAGUGAUGAAGAGUCUAAAAACAUCCAGAAGCUGACCAAUGCUAACAGGGCGUUCAUCUUCACAAAUUUCCUGCUUAUUGGCUUUGGAGUCACAUGUUUGAUUAGCAACCUUCCACUGCAGUUUCUCACAUAUGUCCUCCAUACAAUGGUCAGAGGUUUUAUCCACUCAGCCUGUGGCGGUUUGUAUGCUGCAGUAUUUCCUUCUGGUCACUUUGGCACUCUCACUGGACUACAGUCACUCUUAAGUGCUGUGUUUGCAUUACUUCAGCAACCUCUCUACAUGGCAAUGCUUGGACCCCUCCAUGGGGAUGCUUUCUGGGUAAACAUGGCUUUGCUCAUUUUUUCCUUCGCUGGGUUUAUACUUCCAGGAUACUUAUUAAUUUACCGUCGGAGACUAAUAAAAAUUAAGGACGGAAAAAUGGGAGAAAAGAACCCAGCUGCUGUUCCAUUGCAAGAAACAAAUUAUCCAAAUGGGGUUGCCGGAAGUGAUACCACAGCUUAAUAUGAGAAAGCCCCUUAUCCACUAUGAGAAAGUAUUAAAUUAUAAUGGGAACUAUGAUGUUUAAAAGGUCUCAAAAAUAUGAGUGCGACCCAUGGACAAUUGUAAUAAGGACAAUUGUAUUUAUACUAAAUUAACAUAAUAGGUCAUAAACACUGCCUUAUUAGAAGGUAAAAUGUUUUUAUAGGGUAAUGUCCAUGAGUAAUCAUUUGCUUAAUAACACCAUGUUAAAUUAACACUAAGUAGGAGCCGCUAUAAUAUAAUUCAGUGAAAAAAUGUAUUAUUCUGUACUGCUGCCUACAUUUAUUUUUAAAUGGUGAAAUUAUAUUAUUUAGAACUAGUGCAUCCAAAUUAAUUAAUUGAUUGAUAAGUAUGAGAACACAGCCAGGAAAUAUUAUCACAGCUUAAUACAGGUGUUAAAUGAUAUAGCGUUAAGCUCCUAGUGUUGGUAUAGAUGUGUAUAUGAUACUUAUGCCACUGUUGGGAAUAAAAUACUUUAAAAGGGA